CACGGCUACAAUUGUCAGUGACAUAUGUCGAGCUACAAUUGUCAAGCGACAGGUGACAUAUUACAAUUUUAUGAAAUAUUUUCUAUAGAAAUGCUUACAUACGUGACAGGCAUUUUGCUACAAUUGUAUGUAUUACAAUUAUGUUGUGAAACAAGAAUUAUUAUUUUUAGUCGACAUAUUUGUAGAAUUGUCAGAGAAUCUUGACAUGUGAUUGAAGGUGUGUCGGAUUUGCGUGACAAUUGUAGUAUUUCGUGGUUGAUUCACGCGUAGUUCAAAAUGGCUCUCCAUGUGAGUAGUAGUGACGCUAGUGAUAGUAACAAUGAUCUUGAUGAAUUCGCACAUAUUAGAAGAUUUAAAGAAAGAAUUAAUUUUUCUUUUGAUAUAACGGAUUUUUCAUUUAAGGAAAAAUUCCGUCUUAGUAAAGUCAGUGUAGAAUAUUUAAUAAAUAGAAUUGGUGCACGUAUUGAACAUCCAACGCCAAGAAACAAAGCUUUGACGCCUUGCCAACAAAUUCUUUGUACACUGCAUUGGAUGGGAUCGGGCUCUCAAUAUCACGUAAGCGGAGAUAAUCAUGGAGUAUCUAAGGCUACCAUUCAUCGGUGUAUCAAACGAGUUACGACUGCAAUUGUCAACGAAAUGUUUGGGAUUGAAGUACGCUGGCCGGAGAAUUCCGACGCUAUCCCGCAUUUAUUUAGGGAAUUAGCAAAUAUUCCAAGAAUUGGUGGAGUCGUUGAUGGAUCAUUAAUACCCAUUGAUUCACCUCAGCAACAUGAGUACAUGUACGUUGACCGCAAAGGUGGGCAUUCGAUUAAUACAAUGGUUGUUUGUGGGCCAAAUUUAGAGUUUUUUUACGCCAGUGCGAGAUGGCCGGGAUCCGUUCAUGAUGCAAGAGUGCUACGUAAUUCAACUUUGGCUCAGCAGUGGGAGAAUGGUUGGAGGCCGUUCCCAAAUGCAAUUUUGUUAGGAGACAGUGCAUAUGCCAUGAAAAAAUGGCUCAUUACGCCAAACAUCCCAGUUGAAAUACCAAUAACAGAAGCAGUAAUGCGAUUUCUACGAGCUUUUAAAAGUACACGAAGAUUAGUUGAAAACGCUUUAGGAGUAUUAAAAGAAAAAUUCCCCUGUCUCAAUCAUCUCCGUGUUCAACCUCUGAAAGCAUGCCAUAUAUUUUUAGCGUGUGUCACCCUUCACAACUUAGAAAAACGCCUUGGAGUGCAGUAUUAUAUUCCGUAUUACAAUCCGGUUGAUAACGGUGACAAUGAGAGAGAUAAUGAAGAUAACGACGGAAGAGACGGAGACGGAAAUCAUGCAAUUGACCCUGAGGCGAUUGAAGUGUUAAGGGAAUUAAUACAAAUCUAUACUUAA